AUGCAGUCUCUUUCCUUUGUGCUUGGUGGCCUUUCUCUUCUGGCGGUCUUGAUACAGAUUUUCUUCAAUUCUCAAGCCGGAGUUCCAGUUUUGGCAUUAUUUACCAAUACUGUCUGUUCAUCAACUCCUCUGGCUUCAAACUCUCCGCACUCUCCCGGUUGGAGUACGUGGUUUCACCCUGAGCGUCUGGGCUCGACAUUAUCACCAUGGCGCUUUCAAGAACGGAGUAUUCUUCAUCACCUGGGAGGAAACGGCCCUUGGAUUCAAAAAGUGACGCCUGGUUCACCAGAGAACUCGCCACCUAAACACUGUAGUGUAGAGCAGGUGCAUCUGCUUUCACGCCAUAGUGAGCGAUAUCCAACACAGACCGCUGGACAGCGUCAUUUGGAACUUGUUGAUCGCUUAAAAGAGCUAGACGUCCCUUUAAACGGCUCACUUGCCUUUGUCAACAACUGGACCUAUUUCACUCAAGAUCCGCAGCAAGACUUUGAUCAACUCACUUCCACCGGGCCAUAUGCAGGUACGCUUGCGUCUUUUACCACUGGCACUCGCUUUCGCACACGAUAUGGCCAUUUAUUGCCUCAGAACAGAAAAACUAGAAUCUGGGCGAGCGACUCGCAGCGUGUUAUAGACACCGCAAGAUAUUUUGCUGCCGGGGUUUUUGGCAUUGAUUGGGGAAAAGACGGGAAAGCCGAGGUUCAGAUUAUACCAGAGACUUUGGAUCAACACACUGACACUUUGACACCUGGAGACACAUGUGUUCAGUUUAUCGAAGACACGGUCCUAGGGCAUGACUAUGGAAAGAACAUGCUGGCAGCGUUUCAAAACGCAUAUAUUCCUCGCAUAACGGAGCGGCUUCUCUAUGAGGAAGAAAAUACAGCCCUUGAAAGCUUUUCCAACCUAGAAGUAUACAGCAUGCAGGAAAUGUGUGGAUUUGAAACCAUCGUGCGUGGCUCUAGCCCUUGGUGCGAAGCUUUCACAAGCAAAGACUGGGAUCAUUUUGAAUAUGCGAGAGACAUUCUCCAUUAUUAUAGAGCUGGCCCCGGAAAUAAAUACGCAGCAGUAAUGGGAUGGCUAUGGCUGCACGCCACGGGGCAGCUUUUGAAGGCUGGUCCAAAAAAUGGAACCAUGUUCUUCAGUUUUGUUCACGAUGGCGAUAUCGCUCCAGUUCUAACGGCUCUGGAUCUGUUUCACGAUUCCAAAUAUGACCCGAAUCUCCCCGUGACACACAUUGCCAAAGAUCGCAAAUGGCGCGUAUCUACUGUCUUGCCCAUGGGAGGACGACUUACCUUUGAACGGCUUCAAUGCACAUCCAACUCGUUGGAAGAGGCCUUUGUCCGUAUAAACAUCAACGACGGCGUUGUUCCGUUGCCCGAUUGUGACUCCGGUCCGGGAAAAAGCUGUCCUCUGGAUAAGUUCAUAAAACGGAUCCACGAAAGGAAAGUACAAAUUGGUGAAUUUGUCGAUGUGUGUGGGACUAGUGGCGUUGAUACAGGAAUUACCUUCCUGACACAGCCAGAUAAUUAG